AUGUCCAAGACCGUCCACAUCGAAUCGACCGACCAGUUCUCGGCUCUGCUCUCUUCUUCCACCAUAGUUGUUGCCGACUUUUACGCCGACUGGUGCGGUCCCUGCAAGCAAAUCGCCCCCAUCUUUGAACAACUCUCGGCGCAACUGUCUCGACCUAACAAGAUCACCUUCGCCAAAAUCGAUACGGAUAAGCAACAAGACCUUUCAAGGUCAUAUGGCGUCAGGGCGAUGCCUACGUUCAUGGUGUUCAGAAAUGCGCGCCGCGUAGAGUUCAUCGAAGGCGCAGACCCGAGGAGGCUUUCGAAUGUGGUCAAAGAUCUGGCCAACGAGGUCAACAAGAUGGACACAGGCGAGGUUUCUGGGAGCUUGAGUGGAGGCACGUGGCUGGGUGCAGAAUUACCUAGAGGCUAUGUCGACGUAACAUCACAGAUUGAUGUCCUGGGCCAAGCCGAAGCAACAUCAGAUUGGGUCGAAAGCGACACAGACGAACAGCUCAUGGUCUACCUACCUUUCCAGUGCACUCUGAAGAUCCACUCCCUGCACCUGACAUCCUUGCCCACAGACACAGACGACGAGGAACAGCCAAGCCGUCCGAAGGUGAUCAAGAUCUACACAAACAGACCUCGCAUCCUCGGGUUCGACGAAGCAGAUGACACACAAGCGGCGCAGGAGGUCACCUUGUCUGAAAAGGACUGGGAUCCCAAGACGGGCACGGCGAAGGUCGAGUUGCGCAUAGUCAAGUUUCAAAACGUGUCCAGCAUCGUUCUAUUCGUGGUUGAGAGUGAAGGAGACAAUGAGAAAGUCAGAAUUGACCGCAUAAGGGUCAUUGGAGAGACAGGAGAGAAGAGAGAUGGGAAGAUCGAAAAGAUUGCUUCCGACGACUGA